UACGCCCUAAACACUUUGAUAUUUGAUCUAGUUUUUGCAAGUUUCGCAGUCGAUUGAUGAGCGUCCGCUCCACCUGCAAUGACCCGACUUUCAACCUCGCACAAGCACAGUACAAUCCCGGUUUAGAAACCAGGGGGCAAAACCGUCAAUUCAGACCACAAAGUCUCAGAUUUUCCUUUCCAUACCAAAACCAACCAACACCCAACGCAUUUUAUUUUCUCAUCCUCCUUUUUCGUUCUCUGUCCCUCUCAUCCUCCCUCGCCUCACCUCCUUUCUAUUUUCCCUUUUAUUUCCUAUUUUGUCCGUGGAUUCCCAUGGUCACCACAGUGAAGUCUCGCCGCCCGCCGCAUGUAUCCUUCCCCAUGAGCGGCCGCCGCCACCGCUUUUCGCCGGCGGCGACCACUUCUUUCUUCAGGCCCGCACGCUCCAUCUCCUCCUCUACCCGGGGGGCCUUGGUUGCGCUAUGUUGCCUGUCCUUGGUCCUUGCUCUCUCCGUGUCGGCGGCGGCGGAGGAUUGCGCCGAGGAGAGUGACGGCGACGGUCGCUAUCUUGGCUUCCGGGAUGCCUGUGCGGACCGGAGCUCCUUCUGCUUCUCGCCCUCGGUGGCUCAGACGCUGCUUGCAAACGAGGAUAGCAUCAAGGAGACCGAUUUGGAGGUCUCAAGGGACUGGGGACCAUCUCGGCCAUUGGGCUUCCCGAUGUCCGGCGGAGGCGUGGUAACUUGCUCUUCAGUUGACACGCUGAUCACCCGGGCACGGAAUGGGUUGGGGCGCGAGGGCGAUGUGAGAUACAAUGUGCCGUCGUGCCAGGCGCCGCUUGUGCCUGACAAUUGGAUGCGAGCAUCAAGCGGGGUACCGCUGGAGUUGGAUGGUGCAGCCGCAGAUGUCGACCAGAGUGUCCUUCACAGUUCCUUGUCCAUGAAUGUUGCAAUAAACCCGCCGGUGCUGGAUUGGGGUAGGAGUGACUUGUAUGCUGCCUCCACAGCAACCUUGACCGUGGUGAAUUUGAACAACGACAGCGCCCUGCAUCUGUAUGAACCAUUCAGCACUGACCCCCAGUUCUAUGUGUAUGGUUAUGAGAAUCCGGAGCUGCAGCCUGGGGAUAAUGCAUCGGUUACCUUCAUUUUCUUGCCAACAUCGUUGGGCUCUUCAUCAGCGCAUUUGGUGUUGCAGACAAAUUUUGGGGGUUUUAUUAUACAGGCUAAGGGCAUGGCUGUCAGUUCGCCCUAUCAAAUACUGCCAUUGACAGGGAUAGGUGUCGUAAUAGGUGGACACCUAGAGAGGAACUUGUCGAUAUAUAACCCUCAUGAUGAUACUCUCUAUGUCGAAGAAGUGGCUGUUUGGAUGUCUUCAUUGGAAAGCACAAGACAAUCUUCUCACAUAGUUUGUCAGCUAGACCCUUUUGAUGGGCCAUUAGAGCUAACUUCUUCGAGUAGCAACUGGUAUACAGCAAGCAGUCCAGAAUUUGGAUGGCCAAUGAUCUAUAUCAGGCCCAGCGAACAAUGGGAGGUGCAUCCUUCAAAGAGCAGCACUGUUGUUGAGUUAAAACUGCAAGCUCUUUCUGAAGGCAAGGUGUUUGGUGCUAUCUGCUUGAAACUGCGCAAUUGCACAGCUGAUCCAGUGGAUACUAUUGUGAUACCUAUUGAGCUAGAGGUGCAUAAGCAAACGUACUACGAUUCCAGCGGCUUGGUUGCUGUCACAUUUGAGCGGGUAUCUUCUUGUGGUGAAAGUGGUUCGAUAUUUUCGCUUUCUUUACGAAAUGAUGCAUCCAAGUUACUGAGGAUUGUAGGUGUUACUGAGGAUAAUAGAAAUGGCCCAGUGAUCUUUCAGGUUAAGUACCUGAGUGGAUUGAUACUCUUCCCUGAUACGGUAACAGAUAUAGCUUUAAUAAGACAUACUUCAGUUCCAGAGGAUAUUUCAUUUAACAGCUGCAAUAUAGUGGUCGAAACAAAUAGUACCCUUGAUAGUUCAAUCACCAUACCAUGUGAAGAUUUAGUGCAUGCAUCUCUUUCCCAUACAACCAGUGCUGUUUUUGCUGAAUCUGAUGGAUCAUUUACUGGACCAUUAUAUGAAGAAGAGAUCUCUGCUAAUGCAAGGACAAGAUCUUUGAGCAGCAUGCUACAGGUAGAAGGCUUGAAUAAUGUGAAGCGAAUGAUCAUGAGAACAGUUAAAGCUGACGACAUAAUACUUAGACAAUGGAGAGCUCAUGGAACGAAGGAUGGGAUUUCUGUUCUCAUGGAUCAUGAACUGAUGUUUCCUGUUGUGCAAAUUGGAUCACAGUUUUCUAAAUGGAUAACAAUCCAUAACCCAAGCAUGGAUCAUGCAGCCAUGCAGUUGAUACUGAACUCUGAGGAAAUGAUUGACCAGUGCAAAACUGUAAAUGAUGCAUGCGAGUGUGCAUUCUCAAGCAGAUCUCCAGAGAUUGACUCAACAGAGACUAGAUUUGGUUUCUCGUUAAGUGAUGCAGCAAUCACUGAGGCCUAUGUUGGUCCUUGGGAGACUGCUUUGCUUGGUCCUGUUGUCUUCCGUCCUUCGAAUGGGUGCAUGUGGUCGAGCAUGGUUUUGAUCAGAAACAAUCUGUCGGGAGUGGAGAUGCUGCCUCUUCGAGCACAUGGUGGACGGCAAUCUAUUGUCCUUUUAGAGGGAUCUGAACCUGUUUGGAAGCUAGAGUUUAACCUUGGGUCCCAUGUUCAGAAUAAAUCAACACUGUCCAAGUCAGAGGUCCCAAGCCCUUUGUGCCGUGACCAGUUGUCUAAGGAGAUACAUGUAAAAAAUAGCGGUGACCUUCCUCUUCAAGUGACAAAGGUAAAAAUUUCCGGAGCUGAUUGUGGUGUGGAUGGAUUUACUGUGGACAACUGCAAGGGAUUUAACUUAGCGCCAAGUGAAUCUAUAAGAAUGCUCAUUUCUUUUCAAGCUGAUUUCUCUUCAGCUAUGGUUCAGAGAGAUCUUGAGUUGACCAUGAGUACCGGUAUCUUUGUAAUCCCUAUGACUGCAAAUAUUCCAGUCUGUAUGCUUAGCCAGUGCAGAAAAUCUUAUCUCAGAUCCAUCCAUUGGAAGUGGCUGGUGCUCUUCUUUGGAGCUGUAACCAUACUUGUUCUGAUCUUUGUACGAAAUGUGCCACAUUCUUGGUCAGUGGGUUCUCAAGAUUAUUACACGAAAAUUGAUGACAGAAAAAGUAGCAUGAACAAGACUGUUAAGCCCCCUUUCCUUCAGCACAGCAACAAAAAAUCCAGGUCAAUAAGGGAACACAGAAGAGCUGAAGAAGCUCUAACUGAGAAAUACCCUGCCAGUGUUCUCGAUAGCUCAAAGAUGACAAAUGACAAGAACAAUCCAGAUGAACAACUGAAUACAACUUCAAUUGUAUCCGUGUCCCCAGCUAAUCCUGUGGAAGACAAGGCGUCAAGAGAAACUCCACAGACUAGUGAAAAUCUUACUAUCAGGAUUUCUCGAGACAGAGGGAAGCGGAGGAAGCGGAAAGUUGGUGGUACAGGACUGGCAGCGAAGUUUGAGGUUUCAAGCAGCCACAGUGGGAAUUCAACACCAUCUUCACCAUUGUCACCAAGUUUAACCCCAAAACAAGGUUGGACUUUUUCUGGGGCACCAUCAGAACUGAAGCAUGAAAGUAAACUCGAGAGCGGAUUUGAUGUUGAGGCAACCACAGCAUCAACUGGCACUAAACAUAAGAAAACUUGGCUGCAAGCUGCUAAAGAUCCUCCCACACCUUCAGCCACACCUGGAAACACAUUGCCUUCAGCUGCUGUGUUGACCACUGCAUGGCGUGCACCAUUGUUGGCCACAUCGUCCCCGAUAGCUCUGCAUGCACGUGCUCCUGGCUCAAACUUGAUGAAAGAUAAAGUUCUGAAGAGAGAUGAGGGUGCUGCGCCAAUAAAAGAGUUUACAUACGACAUCUGGGGAGAUCAUUUCCCUGGAACUCUGCUGGGUAGAGCAAGGGAGGCUGCGCCACGCAAGAUGUUUGAUGCUUCUGAAGGGGCCUCCUAUAGUUUCUUUGCUAGAGAGCCCCAGGCCCUUAUGAUGAAGCCAUCACCUGCACCACCUGUGUCUCGUGGCUGCGGAUCACCGACGUCUGAUGUAGCAUCUGGUUAUGGAAUAAAAUAAGCUGAAAGUUGAAACA